AUGGAUCGAAUAUCAGAAUCUUCGAAAUCAAAAGCAGAAGGACUUGUAGCUUUAUAUGGAUCGGAUGAAGAAGAUGAUAAUGUUGAGAAAGGAGGAUUAGAUGCAACAUUUUUGUUGAGAAAUAAUCCAGAUGAGGUGAAUUUUUAGGGCGGGAAAAUCUGGGAUCUGGAGCUCUAAUUUAUGAAUGCGAUGCUGAUUUUGUGAGGGGAAUCAACUAGACAAAUAAAAAAGCGUUUUUUGAGAAAAAAUUUCGAUUCAGCAUGUGUUUUUGACAUUUUUUUUCAUUGAAACAUUUUCGUUGCGAGAUAUUUUUUAUUUUUGUGUGGAAAAAAUGUCAAAAAUACGGAAAACAAAUUUUUUUGUCAUUGCUGAAUCGAAAUUUUUGUCAAAAAACGUUUUUUUCUAAUCACCCCAUUAUCUCCAAGCAAAAUACAUAUUCAACCAAAUUUUCCCCAGGUCGAAAAAUAUGUGAUUCACAUUCGUAAAAUGUUAUUCGAAGGCGAAGGUGAAUAUCUUGUUGAACUUGGUGUUCCAAUUGGAAUGUCAUCAAAACAAAGUGGAAUGACUGAAAAUGAAUUGGAAAAGGCUGCCGAAAAACACAACGAAAUACUCAAAACUAUUCCGGCGAUUGGAACGAAAAUCGAAAGACGAAAGAAUAAUCAGAAAAAGUUUACCGAAGUUUAUUUGGUUCGAGAACCACCGAAGGAUGAGGAUUUUACGGAGGUCAGUUGAAUUGGGGAAUUUUUGAAUCGAAUUUUCAUCCUCAAAUAUUUCUAGGUUCGAAUUGCGGUUGUUGGAAAUGUCGAUGCCGGAAAAUCAACACUUUUAGGUGUAUUAACACACAGUGCAUUAGAUGAUGGAAGAGGUUUAGCUAGAACUAAAUUAUUCAGGUAAUUUUUGAUUUAUAAAUUAUAUAGGAAAAUAAAAAUUUCCAGACAUAAACACGAGUUUGAAUCGGGUCGAACUUCGUCGGUUGGAAAUGAUAUUUUGGGUUUUGAUGUUCAUGGAAAUAUUGUUAAUAAACCAGAUCCGCAUAAUCAUAAUUUGGAUUGGGUUCAAAUCUCAUCCGAUUGUAGUAAGGUUCGUCGAGGUUUUUUGUUAAAUUGAAAAAAACAAGGCCACAGUGAAUUGUUCAAGAACAUAAUUUCAGCUUGUAACAUUCAUCGACUUGGCUGGCCAUGAAAAAUAUUUAAAAACAACAAUCUUCGGAAUGACUGGUCAUAUGCCAGAUUAUACAAUGCUUAUGAUUGGAGCUAAUAUGGGUAUUAUUGGAACAACAAAAGAGCAUUUAUCAUUAGCUCUCUCAUUAAGUGUACCCGUUUAUCUAGUUGUCACCAAAAUCGACAUGUGCCCACCGCAAAUUCUUGAAGAAACACUCAAAAAUAUCAUGAGAUUGGUCAAAAGUAAGAUUUUUCUUUUGUUUUUUCUCAAUUUCUAAUAAUUCUAGGCGCUCGCAAAAUUCCGGUAAAUGUUCGAACAAUGGACGAUGUAAUUCAUGCAGCUGUAAAUUUCCCGUCAAAACGUGUUUGUCCAAUUUUCCAAGUUUCAAAUGUUGAUGGAACAAAUCUACCGCUUCUCAGACAAUUUUUGAAUAUUGUACCAUUGAGAAGAACACUUUGUGAACACGACCCAACACAUUUCCAGGUACCUUUUAUUCAUUCUCAAAAACACCCAAAAAAUUCUUAUAUUUUUUUAUAGAUUGAUGAUGUUUAUUGGGUUGAAGGUGUUGGUACUGUAGUUAGUGGAACAAUGUUAGCUGGAACUGUAAAUGUAAAUGAUGUAUUAUUAAUUGGACCAACUUCAACUGGCGACUUUUUACCGCUUCCAAUCAAAUCGAUUCAUCGGAAACGUAUGCCUGUAAAUACUGUAAGAUGUGGACAAACUGCUUCAUUUGCGUUAAGGUAAGAAAAGUAACCCUAGGCGUAUUUGGUGUCCGAAAAUGCGCCUUCAAAUCUACAGUAACGCUAGAUUUGUUUGGUAUCAACAAAACAGCCUUCAAAUUUUUCAGAAUGUUUUUUUUCCAGAAAAAUUACGAAAAAAGAAGUUCGUAAAGGAAUGGUUAUGGUUGACCCAAAAGUUGAGCCAAAAGCCUCAAUGCUUUUCGAAGCCGAAAUUCUUGUUCUCCAUCAUCCAACUACAAUUAAAACGAAUUAUCAAGCAAUGUUACAUAUUGGAUCAAUAAGACAAACUGCAACUCUUGUACAAAUGGGAAAGGUUUGUUUUUUUUGAAUUUGAGGUUCUGAAAUUAUUCGUAAAUUUUGCAGGAAGUAUUGAGAACUGGUGAUCGCGAUAAAGUUCAAUUCAAAUUCAUCCGUCAACCUGAAUAUAUUCGACCAGGAACUCGAAUGGUUUUCCGAGAAGGAAGAACAAAAGCGGUUGGAACUGUAUUAUCUGUUGUUCCACAAGAAACUUUGGCUCAACAAAGAGCAAAAGGAAAAGAUGGAAAACAUGGAAAAGGAUGUUAGUUUGCGCAAAUUUUUAUCCUACGAAACUUAAUUUCUUUUUCCAGUCAAAAAAGGGCCAAAACCACCGAAUGGAAAACCGAAAAUUGUCAAACAACUCGAAUCACUUUCAAUUGAAAAAGUUGCCGAUGGGUCAAACUAA